CAGUCGAAAUCACGGGUCGACAGUCUGCUUACAACCUACUCGACUGACGGAAGUGAUUCCCCUGGCGCUAGAUCAGAGCCAGAUGAUGUUUAUCUACCGACAGUUCUUCCCUUGCCAGCGUGCCUACCGUUGACCUCACCGAUGCGCCUGCGGAUGCUCUUGGCCUGUGUCUCUGGCCUGUCUCUAUCGGUCGUGUUGGUAACCCUGUCGGUUGUGCGAUAUUUCUGGGAUUUUCAUGACCGUCACCAGUUGGGGCUCGGCUUGGCGGCCAGGACGCGGGACUACAGCGGCAGUGGGCUUUACGACGGGAGGUUGGAAAAGUUCAUCCGCCGGGAGAGAUGGACCGAGGUCAGGCUGAAGUGUAAGACCGUCUGUAGCAAGCGAUUAGGAGGCACCUGCGUCCCUCUUGACUUGGCUGUAUUCGUCUAUCGAGAUGACGUCCCUGUAAGCGAUCACACCUACAAACGUAUGUAUCCCGUAGUGCGGGUCCCAGUGACGAGAGAAACCAAAUUUCCCCACAAGAAACUGAACACUGAAAAGUGCUACAUGAAGGAUCAUUUUCCGGACACGAGGCUGAUUGAGCGGCAGAGGCGUUGCGCUGUCGUGGGGAAUGGUGGCAUCCUCGUCGGCAGCGGAUGCGGCGCAGAGAUCGACUCCCAUGACUUCGUUAUCCGUGCCAACCUACCACCGUUACAGGGCUAUGAAUAUGACGUCGGCAGAACGGCCAACCUAUCGGCAUUUAACACCCGAACGCUCAUGAAUUUCAACAGCGGAUUAGCCGCCAAUGCCACAGGCAAAGCACUUGACAUUCUGGAGCGAUUUUUACGAUACUUUUCUGAUCUCGGCGAAACGAUAUUAUGGUAUCCCAAGACUUUGCGCGAACCAUAUAAUGAAAUGUUUCGUCUGGUCACAAAAUAUCUGAAGUCAACCAGCAAACAUACGAAGAUUCAUUAUGCAUACAGUUGGAAGCCCAUACAUGUAGAAAAAGAGUGGGCGUUGGAAGGUACUGGGACACUUGGCUUUGACACUUUCGCCGUGGCUAGGACCUUCUGUGAUAACAUCACCCUGUAUGGCUUCUUCCCGUUCCAUGAGGAUCAAGAUGGAAGAAAAAUACCUCAUCAUUACUUUGAAGAUAUGGAAUUUUCUUACAAUGGAACAGUCCACAAUUUUUUACUUGAGCAUCAGAAGUUAAAGGAAUUGGAUACGAGGGGGGAAGUGCGAUUAGUAACAAGUGCUUGCCGCGCAUGAACAACAGUGACACGUUUCUGAUGUUAAAUUAAAGGCAUCCGUUGACCUUACGUGUUAUUCUAAUUACAAGUUUUCCACUUUCACCUUGCACGUUUCUGUAACACUUGUUUUAUUAGAUCAUGACACGGAUAUGCCAUAGUGCUAGAAUUAGCUUAUACACUCCAAGUAAUUAUACACUAAUGGAAGCAUUUUAAACAGUGGCGUAUCCAGCUGGGAGGCAGAGGAACCCCCCCCCCGAAAACAGCAAAGCAAAUAAAAGGAUGUCGGCACCGUGAGUAAAGCUUUUGACUUUCUUUUCUCGCCCAACAUCAUGUUGACUAAGCCCGAAGCCGCACUCGCUUUUGAAUUUGUCCCCCGCCCCCCUGACGCCAAAAGCUGGAUACACCACUGAUUUCAAACUAAGUUAUCAGUCUCAAUCUGAAAGUAGAUUUGGAAAUGAAGAACACUGAACACAUGGAAAAAUCUUGUACAGAUUGCUGAAUCGCAUUUCUUGCAGCAUGCAUUUUCUCAGUAACUUUUGUCCAACAGAAAAUAAUGAAUGGGCAAAGCCAACGGCAGCAGAACGAUUUUCAAAGUGGUGGGGGAGUGAGUUGUGAGAACAUCCGGCAUUAGCCAUUGAUAGAUCAAUAUAGGUCAAUCCAUUGAGCCCCAUCUCCUAACCGCCAGUCGGAAAAGUGUGUGGGGGGAGCCUGGGAAGGAGUGUCCCCCCCUUCUGCUGCCAGUGGGCAUAACUGAUUUUUGCGGAAUUAUAGAGUGGCAAGUAAUUUCUUCUACGUUCUCAACUUUGCAAAAAGGAAGUCCUCAUAAAAUUAUUUUCAUUUUUGUUCCCACUGGUGCUAUUUGCCUAAAUUUCUCCCUGAAGGAUCAAUACCUUUACAUUUUCAAAUGAACCAAUGACAAUGUAGGCCUACCGCACCAUCGUUUAUCUCAGUGUCGGGUCUAAUGCUGAAUUCAUUAACAUCACACUGACAGACACUGCAAUAUUACGAGACACUGAUGAACAUAAUACGGAACGCCAUAGAUGAAAGUCUAUAAUCCCCACACGACACUCACAUAACAUAACCGAUCGACCAAUUCAAGCUCCAAUAAUAUGUGCAUAGAUUGAUUAACGAAGGUAAAGCACUAAUCAUUCGUGGAUUAUCCGUUGAAUUUGGCCCUACGGGGCAUUUUUAAUGUAAGUUGUUCCAAGUAUAAGUUACGAAGGAAGGGAAUUUAAUGUGUGUUGCCUUUAAGCACAAUGAGCUCAAACUGCCCCUUUAACAGAGCUUGUUUAUAAUGUGCAAAUCACAGCGGUGCGACAGUGGCCCUCCACUAACCAAAAAAUAGGUAGUGAGGCUGGUGGGUCUUCUUGUGUCGUAACUCAUUCUGCUGUACAAUUCAUUCCUUAGUGAGAUUUGAAGGAGGGUUGAAACAAUUUUUGUGAGGAAUCCUGGUCUAGACCGAGGGCAAAUGGCGAUGUGACCAAAGGGAGGUGGCCCAUGAAUAAGAAAGUUGACUAAGUUAUACAGUCUUUCGACGUUGUGUUCAACGACCACAAAGUUGGUUAUAAUUUGUUCUUGGUCUACCUUGUUGAAGAAACUAAUUGUUCAUGUUUACAAGUUUUUCGUUGCCUUAUCUAUCCGUCUGGUGGAUUAAGGAAUUUCAGAACGAACCAUGGACUGCAAAGUCGAGGAAAAUAAGUGAAAAACAACGUUACAUUUGUAGACGUAGUUCAUCCGUUCUCGAGUUGUAAAUUGUCCACACGUACAAUGUACGUGGAAUCCGAGCUGCGUGCACGCACUUUGCGUGCGCAUUUCCAUUGAAGGUCUGUUGCACGCCUGCUUCACGGAGGCCGUGACUGGUACCCGGCUUUGACCCGCGUGCCGUCGAUAAAAAAAAUUGCAGCCUCCCGUUUUUGUCGGAUCGGGGGCUUCAAACUGACCAAUUAAACCCCUAUUGGUUACCCCUAAAAUGUUCACAUUUUGUUCUGCUUUAUAUUUUGGUUUAUAAACAUAAAUUUGCGACACAACCUGCUAUUUUUUUAAGAAUAACCUCGGUUAGCGUAGAAGAAGGCUUUGUGUAUGCAGGGUUCUUGUACGGGAAUAUGAUCAUCAACGAUCUCUCUUUGAAGUGUUUAACAUGUUUAAUUUGUUCCGAGAGUUUUAUUGGUUAAAGAUGUAUAAAUA